AUGCCUGCCGGUCCCAAAGGCGAUAACAUAUAUGAAUGGAGGUCAACGAUUUUAGGGCCUCCAGGAUCUGUGUAUGAAGGCGGUGUGUUCUUCCUCGAUAUCACUUUCACACCAGAGUAUCCCUUCAAGCCUCCAAAGGUUACAUUUCGGACAAGAAUCUAUCAUUGUAAUAUUAACAGUCAAGGAGUUAUUUGCUUGGAUAUAUUGAAAGAUAACUGGAGUCCAGCACUAACCAUUUCUAAAGUCCUUCUUUCUAUCUGCUCACUUCUUACAGACUGUAAUCCUGCCGACCCUUUGGUGGGAAGUAUUGCUACUCAGUAUAUGACCAACAGAGCAGAGCAUGACAGAAUGGCCAGACAGUGGACCAAGAGAUACGCUACAUAAACUGGGUUUUAACAGUUCUUACGUUAUUUGUCUGUCACAGAAGAGAGCUGCUUAUGAUUUUGAAGGGAUGGGGGAGGGUGGGAGUUGGUAAAGAGUAGGGUAUUUCUAUAACAGAUAUUAUUCAGUCUUAUUUCCUAAGAUUUUGUUGUAACUUAAGGUAUCUUGCUACAGUAGACAAAAUUGGAAUAACAACUUUUAAAACUCAUUAGUUCUGCAGUAUUAGCUGAUAUGUAGUACAGAAAAGAAAGUACACUUAGACAUUUGGUUUCAAGUGCUUGUACUCUAUAAUUUUAAAACAGCUUUUGUACAGGUACACAGCCAUUUAUGUAAAGGCCUUCAUUUUCCCUUCUUGGAAGGGAACGUUGAUAUUUAAUAGUUUUAGAUACUGUCAUCUCAUAUAUAAAAUGGACACGUGGCUGUAAGACAACAUGUAGAAAAUGAGUAGUUAAUGUAUUUUAUUUUAUAUGCAAAUCUACUUUAAAUGUUUGCAUCAGGACUUGUGGAAACCUGUAGUGAAAUACCUUAAGCUGUUAACUGUAAGGCGUGGAGUAGGAGUCGCUCAGUGGAUUGGUUAUAUGUUGUAGACUUCUUACGUCUGCAUUUGUUACUGUGCUAAUAAACAAUAUUAAAA